AGCAGCAACCUCCCUCCUUCCUUCCUCCACAUAGAUACACACACCGAUCACUUCAGGUAUAUCUGGCGUCCGAUUCGGAUUAAGCAUCCUUAUACCCCCCCCCCCACCAAACUUUCGUUCUUCACCUCCCAAAAUCCACGCUGUAGGCAAUCCAUGACUUGCAAAGACUCUCCUGCUUCCAUCUUCAGUCCCUUGUCGGACUGCGUGAUUGAAGAAGCAAGUGCCAGGGACAGUAUCAGCAAUCACGAUGGGUUCCUCACUAUCAAUGCACCUAAUACGGCGCAACCUUCUACUGAACACACAUUGGAUCGAUACCUCGAAACACCCACUCUAGUCAUUCCCGAUCGUCCCUUCCGCACCCAUUUUUUCGCUUCUGAAUUCGCGAGUGAGCGGCGGGCUUAUAUCAAAGCUGUUGCUCUAAGCACCCUUUGGACGGCCUUGGUUAUAAUCAGUGUCCUUAGCAUAUACUGGGGCACUUUGUGGAAACUGGAUGAGCAUGCUUACAGACUGAGAGGUGUGGUGGUAGACUUCGAUCAAGGAGAUAUUGGGCAGGCUAUUCUACGCGCUUCACAGGAGCAGACAGGCUCGCCUCGACAGAUCACCUGGACAGUUGAAAAUCCUUCCGCCUUCAAAGAUGCUUCGGGUGUGGCGCAGCUCGUCUUGGAUGAGCGGUAUUGGGUUGCAGUUGUCGUGCAACCCGGCGCUACUGAUAACCUGAGGAAAGCCGUCUCUUCAGCGGAUGCAGCUUAUAACGGCUCAGCAGCGGUAACUGUGUAUAUUUCGCAAGCUCGCCAGGAACAGGCGUACUCCCAUUUCAUUUCACCGCAAGUCAGAGACGUGUUGCAAACAGCCCAACUUUCAUUUAGAAAUCAAAACGCCAAAUCACUCUCUCACUUUUCAAACUUCAAUCUUACCAAUCUGAUGCAAAAUGCACCUCAAACGAUACUCGAUCCAUUUGAUUUCCAAGUGAACGACUUGAGGCCUUUCGAUGUGCCAGUCACCACUGCCUUGACGGCUAUAGGCUUAAUUUACGUGGCGUUUGCCGCCUUGGUCUCAUGCACACAUAGCCUUCAGGCACGAAACCGACUUGGUUUGAAUGACAAACUGACAUUGAAAUCCCUCCUCAAAGUGAGGAUAUGCUCGCCCUUGAUCUCUUACUUUUGGCUAUCCUUCUCUUAUGCUCUCUUGAGUGUGUUCUUCCAUGUACCUUUCGGCCGAUUUCGCAAUGCGGGCGGCUUCCCGCUAUGCUGGCUUAUGUUCUUUCUCGGGAUGAGUGCCCUGGGACUCACAAUAGAGGUAGUCACAAUUAUCCUUACACCUCAAUACGUGUCUUAUUUCAUGAUUUUCUGGAUAAUAUGGAAUAUUUCCGUUUGCUACCUUCCUCUUGAUGUCUUACCCAGCGUCUAUGGAUACGCUCACAUGGCACCUUUCUAUAAUAUCAGUAGAGCAGCAAGAAGUAUUAUUCUCGACGGCAAGAACGAACUUCUGAUUAAUUUUGCAGUUCUACUAGCUUGGACCGUCAUUUCAAUCAUCAACAUCAUUCUCUGUGAGCUUUGGAAAAGAAGAAAACUACCAAUCUUUCGAAAUCGAAAAGCCUCCUAUGCUUAAGGAGAAUGAGAAGCAUCGCUGUAAAAUUAUCUUUUCGCACCAGUUGGCCGUAUUUUUCGGCUCUGCUAUCAAAUCAAUCCUGUCUAAUUUUUUCGGCUUCUCAGUCCUGAUUCUCGACUGACCAGCCGUCCGAUGCACAUCGGAUUCACUUCUACCCUGAACAAGCUCAGCCGCACCAAGUUCCGGUCAUACCCAAUAUAAUCAUUUCCAUAGACAUUAUUACUUCGACAUCAUUCGACUUCAACCUGAAAACCACAUCCAUAGGCCGCAAUUUUUGUCAAUUAACCGCUGUGUUCACUUCGCUCCCCCUCUCCCCCUCUUCAAAAGCGCACCUGUUUUGUUGUCUUGUUUUCACUUUUAGCAUCCCUUUCAAAUCGAUUUUCAUUCCCUAUGCUUUUCACCAUUCAAUAUCAGAACUCCACUCUACAAUAUUGUUUCUUAUACCUUCCAAUUGUCAAUAAUUUUUAGGACUGUAUAACACGAAUUUUAUCCGUCAAGAAUUCCUGGACUAUAUUAUCACGAACUGAGACGGUUGUAGACCUAAUUCCUCUUGUAUAAAUGUAUUUAGCUUGUUCCUCUCAUAUUCCAUCCUUUCGCGUAUUUUUUGGUAAUUGUCCUUUUUUAUUUCUCCCUCAAGAUCUCACCCGGGUUUGUCAAUAUCGAUUCAUGACUUCUUUUAAAUCACGAUGCUCAGAAUUGUCCAGUUUCCAAUUAGUUCUGACUGUGACCCUCACAGGUGUCAUCCCAAUAUUUCUUGAGCAUUUGAUUUAAAUCAUUUUCAUAAUUCAUGUUGUGUGUAAAUCUUCAUUGAGAGAGCGCAGGAUAUGCGACCCCUAGAAAUUGGAGUACAUGAAAACGCCCAAACCAACCGCCUGUGGGCAAGACCCACGGCGUUGGCA